UUAACCUGCCGUUGGUAGGACCCUGCAGAACUCAAACCCAGCCGCUAGCUUCACCUGUUCGCAAUGCACAGUUAUUUUACCUGGAGUUGCGUUCCAUCGCCUCACUAAAAGACAAGAAAGUUCCAUGCCGAGAAUGAUAUCAUAUUCAGGCUGCAGCUUGCUGCUGCUGUCGGCUUUCGUUGGCGCUUCUUUCGCGGAGAUGGUCUUCCGUUGCYCGAGUUGCACCGCCGAACGUCAGGCUGCGUGCCCGAAGCUCACCGAGACCUGUGCAGAGAUAGUGCGCGAACCGGGCUGCGGUUGCUGCCCGGUGUGCGCCCGGCAAGAGGGCGAGUUAUGCGGCGUGUACACCCCGAGAUGCUCCAGCGGGCUCCGGUGUUACCCGAAGCCGGACUCCGAUCUGCCUCUCGAGCAGCUGGUCCAGGGGCUGGGGCUGUGCGGACACAAAGUGGUCACCGAGCCCACGGGGAGCCAGGCGCACCAGGAGCAACUUAGCGGGGAGGAGGUGGUCCUCCUGGACAYGAGCCUGACAGAGAUCCCCCCGUUGAGGAAGGCCACUAAGGACAACCCAUGGCUGGGGCCCAAGGAGAACGCUAUGCGCCAGCACCGACAGGAGAUGAAGACCAAGAUGAAGAGUAACAAGCCGGAGGACCCCAAAACUCCCCGCGGCAAGCAGAUUCAGUGUCAGCAGGAGCUGGACCAGGUGCUGGAGAGGAUAUCUAAGAUGCCCUUCAGAGAUAACCGAGGCCCACUGGAAGACCUGUAUGCCCUGCACAUCCCCAACUGUGACAAGAGGGGGCAGUAUAACCUCAAACAGUGUAAGAUGUCUCUGCACGCAGAGGGGGAGUGCUGGUGUGUCAACCCACACACCGGUCGGCCCAUCAACAGCACCGACCGUGAGGGGAGACCAAACUGCAGCCAGUACCUUAGAGGACCAGAGAUGGACACCUCGCUCAGCCCAGAAAUAGUACGGCUGAUUCUCCCUUUGAUCGGCCUGUCUUAAACACAACAGAGAAGCAGUACUCUAAACACUUAACUUUUCUGUGGUGAACAAAGUCUAAUGAGAAGAAUGUUUACUAUGGGCUGAAUUCUAACUAGAAAUCUGUGUGUCCAUCUCAGACUUUUGUGUAAAAAUCAAGCAUUGAUGUCAAUGGGCGAUUUGCACGUAAAUUCCAAUKAUAUGCACAUUUGGCAAUUAGUAUUCACCCCUAUGGACCUCUUGUAUUCAAUGUAUCUGUUGUAGGGUAUCUAGAGAAAUGUUAUCAUGRAAAAAUKAUUUGACUUAUUUGAAAGGUGAAUAUGUGAAGCAUAAAACAAAACAGUGAAUUGACGCUUUAAGGGAUUAGUGUCUUACUUACUUAGUGUUUGUAUGGCUGUGUUUACACUGGUAGCCCAAUUCUAAUAUUUUGCCACCGAUUCGUCUUUUGACCAAUCAGAUCAGAUCUUCUGCGUGUGUAAACGCAGCCCAAGUGUCUUACUAUCUGGUGCUGGGAAGUGAACAUGUCAAAUGUUUGGUGGUUGUGUACUCAACUCCGCCUACCGUUUGUUUGUUUUACUGUGUUCUACGCCUUCAGGUUGGUAGGCUACUAAAACUAUGAAACCUACCUUCUAUAGCCUUUGGAAUACACAUACGUCUUCUAUACACUGUAGGAAAACCACAUAGACAAAGUGUUGUUGUUACAAACACAAAUACACGUUUUUAGAUUUCCUCGUUAAUAGGAACACAAAUAGAAAUGUAGAAUUGUUUUGUGAUAAAGAACGUCUUGUUAUAAGAUGAAGUACGUGAUUAAAUGGAUGGUAACUUCCUGUA